AUGGCGGUCAUCACGUUAGCUGCCAACUUCAGCUCCACCAUCUUACUCUUCGAUGUCCGACCCGGCCAGAUCCACGGAACGCCCAAGACGGUGAAUGUCCCGCUUGGGUGGCGACGCGGCUUGAGCAAGGAACCGUCAACCUGGUUCCAGAACUUCAUGCUCCAGACUCCAUCUGGGUACCAGGCAUUUGCCGAGUAUUCCGACGCACCCGAGCCAGCCGAGAACAUGUCAGACACGGACUACGAAGGAAAUGCAACGGUAUUCGACGCCAGAGUCGCCUGUGUACGGCCGAAUUUUGUCGAUUCAAGCUUCUUCGUUGACUCCAACCUGGUAAACUUGACCGGGCAGGGCGGCAAUGCGAAUCUCGGGCUGAGAUCGUGGCUCUGGGAGUACUUCAACUCGACGCAAAACGUCACUGGCAGCGCAUUCCUCUUCUUCGAAAGCCAGUACCUGCUGGACGCCUACAACAAUACAUCCAACGGUACAUACCGGCCACUAUUCAAUUACAACACCACAGAACAAGGAGAAGGAUGGAACUUCGGCGGCGAUGGACCAUGGCUGAACCUGGAGCCGAGCAAGUGGACGCGGAAAGAGCCUUGCGAGGUCACUGGCACAUGCGACACAACCUGCUCUCUUGGCAAGUCGUGUGGCAAGCCCGGUUUGAAUGUGACUCUCUGCUUUGACGCCUUAUUUCCCGACCUCGACCUCCCCGUCAAAUUCAACGCAACCCAGGACCGCCAAGAGCCCAAAGCCACCUUCAACAACGAUGCCAACCAGCUCGACCUCACGACUGUCCGCCAGCAACUCGGCGCGACCCGCGAGCGCCUCAGCUCCUCCUCCCGUGGCAUCCUGGACCUCGACAUAUCCAGCGUGCGCGACUCGAUCGACGCCCUGCGUCCCGCCGACAAAUCAGCGCAAGAAUCCGCCGCACUCCUCGACGGCAGCUCUCUGUGGUUCACAGCGUACCCAGAGUACAGCGGGGCGGGGCCGACGUGGACGUUUUGCCGCAGCGACGACCCGUCGGAGCAGUGCGCGACGGGCGGGUAUUACGACGGCAACAUCUCGACGACGUACGCCAGCGUGCAGCAGGGCGUGCUGAUGCGGCAGAUCCUCAACGCCACGCACGACCCGGCCGCCGCGCUGUCGGCCGAGCUGACGGUGCUGGCCCGCAUGCACUACUACGACAGCGCCGCCACCUUCAACAUGGACCAGAACAUCUCUGCCAUCUUCUUCGUCAUGAAGUCGUUCCCGCAGGAGACGCGCGGCCUGGCUGUCGUGCUGGCUGUGUGCUGCACACACGUUGUUGUUGUGGCGAUUGUCACUGUGUAUUUCGGGCUGCGGACCGGUCAUUCGCUGUUGGAUAACUCGUGGUCUGCUGCUGCGCAGAUGCAGACGGAAAGCGUGAGUGAGAUUUUGAGAACUGCUACCGCGUUGAAGGACAAGGAUGUGGAGGAGACGAUUAAGGCAUCCGGGAGAAGUCCACAAACUGUUCGCAUUCGACAUAAUUGGGAAACGGGGCGGAUUGAGGCCAUGGAGUGA